AGAAAAUACUGAGAUGCAGUGAUGUACUACUAAGUUAUGUGUAUAUUGUUCAAUCAGGAAAUCAUCAAGAGGGCAAAUACUGCAUAUCUGUAACUCUAGCAACCAUUGAAAUUUUGUUGGAUUUUCACAAUAGUAAGUAGUAUAAUACAUGUCAGGCAUUGAUGACAAGUAUAUUCUCUCUCUCUCUCUCUCUCUCUCUCUCUCUCUCUCUCUCUCUCUCAAAGGCUCGGUUAAUUUUAUGUUGUCACAGAAAUUAAUAACGUAUUGUUCUUGAAUAGUAUGAACAAACAAGAUGUGAUUAGUAUCCGCUACAAGGUUGAGAUGAAGCUCUUUAAUUAAAGGGAGAAGACAGCACAAGAACACUUGAGAAAGUAAAGGAAUAAGAGUAAGAUUAGUGGUAAGGUAACCUAUAUUGUUCAAGUGUUAUGAAGCAGGACGCGAAAACGAGCCGAAGCACGAUUCGCCGUGACGUAACUUUUUUAAUUAAUACUUGUCACUCCGGGCUGCCAUAUCCGGGUUCGAAGCCCGGUCAGACUCACCUUUUACUUGCAUUAAUUUUAAAGUGUUCCAUAAUGGGAAACGUGCUUCUUCAUACAGACUCGUUAAAGUAGGAUAUGACUGAAGUAAACUUUCCUGUCUUGGAUACCUCAUCCAGGGAGCAGUGACCGAGUUGGUAGAUACAUAAGAAGAUCGAUGUAUUCAUAUCGACACUAAAUUUUGUCUAGGUACAUUUUAUGCUACUGCCGCAGAUUCUGCUGACCUAAUUAAAGAGAAGAGGCAACUUUUCAUCCAACGGAUGGUACUAGUAGUAGUAGUAGACUACUACUACUAUUAGUAGUAGAUACUACUAGUAGUAGUAGUAGUAGUAGUUGCUACCUGAACAUGUAAUCAACAAUACUGAGAGAGAGAGAGAGAGAGAGAGAGAGAGAGAGAGAGAGAGAGAGAGAGAGAGAGAGAGAGAGAGAGAGAGUUGGCAUAUUGUUCAUACAUGAUCAUAUUUUGUGGUACGGUUUGAUACGAACCGUUUGUAUGUGAUCCCUCGUUAAUGCUGACAACGUAGAAACUCGUGGUACCUUGAUUGGCAGUAAUACUUAGUUACAUAAUUAUACGCUGGCUGAGGUAAGCAGGCCUCUACCAUGCCAUCGGUGGUUAUUUUUGUAUAAUGUUAUUCUUCUGGAAGGAAGGGGACAAAAUAAAGUUUUUUUUUAUUUUUGUUAAUGAUUUCCAGUACAAACACGUUUCAUUGAUAAAUAAAGAAGUUGAAGAAGGCCAAUCUUGGAGAAAAGGAACAAAAGGAAAUUCCAAAAAAAAAAAAAAAAAAAAAAAUGUAUAGGGGAUGAUAACAACAACAAAAAUAUAUAGGAGAAUAAGAACAAAAGAAAGCAAUGUAGGAUGAGAACAGCAAAAAGGUUAAUAAGAAAUAAAAUAAAUAAAUAAAUAAAUCCGUGGUUGGCGGCGGUGCGCGGGGUGCUGCUCGGGUGUGCGGGGCUGCCAGCAGACGCCGCAACAUGGCGAGUGAAAACAAAGCAGGCAAGAAUGACACGGUGGGCCUUUUUCUCCAGGCUAUGGUGGACCGUGAGCCCGGAAAGAGGAAGGUGAAGCCCUCUAAAGCAGCACUGGUGGACCUGGCUGAGCUGGACCUUGGCGAGAGCUCUGAUGACAGUGAUUUUAAUGUUGAUGAAGCCAAACUGAAUGAUGAUGAUGAUAUUUCCAUCAAUAGUGAUCCAGAUGCCCCAGAUGAUGACGAUGAUGAUGAUGGUGAUGAUGAUGUGGAUGAAGAGGGGGAAAGUGAAGAGGAAGGAGAGGUGACAUAUGCUGCUCCAGAGAAAAACCUUACAGUAACUCAGCUUCUGGAGCAAGCUAAGAAGAAACAGGCCCUUGAGGCAGAGAAGGGCUUUGAGCGUCCCAAGAUACUGGUGUGCUCUGUGUGCCUGGGGGACCAUUCAGAUGACCUCAAUGAAAUAGUGACUUGUGAUGGAUGCAGUGUGUCUGUGCAUGAGGGCUGCUAUGGCAUCAGUGACUCAGUGUCUGUCUCCAGCACUGUGUCUUCAUGCUCCACAGAGCCAUGGUUCUGUGAUGCAUGUAAGGCAGGUGUCGUUGAUCCUCCCUGUGAGCUGUGUCCAAAUCUGGGCUAUACAAUUUUUAAAGAAACAGAAAUGGGAAGAUGGGUCCAUUUGGUUUGUGCCUUAUACAUUCCAGGUGUUGCAUUCAGUGAGGUUGACAAGCUGUCCUUUCCCACAUUGUUUGAGAUGCCAUACAGCAAGUGGGGUGCUAAGACCUGCACACUCUGUGAGGAUGAGCGCUACUCCCGCACUGGUGUUUGUAUUGGUUGUGACGCUGGCAUGUGUAGAGGCUACUUUCAUGUUACCUGUGCCCAGCGAGAAGGCUUGCUAUCAGAAGUAAACCAUGGGGAGGCUGACCAAGCAGAUCCUUACUAUGCCCAUUGUAAACUUCACACUGACCGGGAACUUAUCAGACGAAGAAAACGAAACUGGCUUGCCCUGCAACUUCACAUGAAACAAGGAGAGGCAGAUAAAUCUGGCUCAAGCCAGGAAACUCAAGACAGAAUUCAGCGCAAAUUAGGUCGCUACAGAGAUAAAUAUCUCUUCAACAAAAACAAUAGACCCACACCAUGGUAUCCUACUCAGAAGAUGCCAAGAGCUCUCUCCACUUCAGCAUCCCUUUUUCGGUCGCUGCUUCACAAGACAGAACUGAUGGGCUUAAGUACAGAAUCUCAGCCCCUUCACUCUACUAGUGUUGGUGACAUUAGAAAGAAAUGGCAUAUUCCUCCUGCCUUCAAUGUUGAGUUCAUAAGUUACUACCUGGAUCGAACAAAUCGAUUAACAGAGAUGAAGGAUCGCUUGGAUCAUCUCCUUACAGAAAAUUCUCAGUUGGUUGAAGAGGAGACACAGCUCAGGAUUAAGUGUAAUCAGAUGGAAUGUGAAUGUGAAAAUCUCAAGUCAGAGAAUGAUGUACUUCUUAACAAGGCCUUAGAGUUGCACGAUCUUCUCAAGGGCCUGGCAGGACGCCCUUUGCCAUUGCCUCCUGUAGUGGCAGCAUUACACAAUCCCCCAAGCCCCCCACUGCCAACGAGACCACUCCCUAAAGGCAGUUUGCGAGGACCAAUUAUUACAAAGGCAGCAGCCAAGAUGAUGACAGACCAUGCCCCUCCUGUUGGAGGUGAGUAUUGGUCCCAGAGGCUGCAAGAGAUGGGAACAAACAGCCUAACCCUGAAUAGAUGUCGGGUGUGUCAGCUAACAAAGGAGCAGCAUUUAUUAAUUGAGUGUGACACCUGUGGCCAUUACUACCAUUUAUCGUGCUUGGAUCCUCCCCUUACACGCAUGCCAAAGAAAACAAAACAGAUGGGAUGGCAAUGUUCAGACUGUUGCAAGUCUUCUGACUCUGAUAAAGCUCCAGAGGUGGACACAGCAGCACCUCGUAGACUCCGCAGGAAUAUCAAAGAACCUGCCAAAUUCUCGCCUUCUCUUGCUUCGGAAACAAAGGGAAUUGAGGGUGGAGAGAAGAGCCAAAUUGGCAGUUCAGUAUCAGCCACUUUAACGUGUACAAGUGUAACCCCAAGUACAGAUGACAAACCUCCAAUACACCUGUACCACCCUGGAGUAGCCUCAGUCUCUGGACCUCCAGAAGAACCUUCAGAGGCUGCAAGUAUUGGUGGCAAGAGGAGGAGAAGUUCUGAUGGUAAGAAAGCAGCAACAAAAAAGCAAAAGAAAUCACCUGGGGAUAUAGAACACAGUUCAUCUGAAACAGUUCCAAUGAAUGCAAUGGCUGAGCCCAUUCCUGCCAAUAAGAUGUCACCAACAACUGCUGCUGCUCGGGGCAAAAAGGGUCCUCAAGACAUGCCAGGACAGGAUACCCUUCAGACCAGCCAACUGGAAACCAGGUCAUCUCGAGGUAGAAAAGUCCAUCCUGAACCACCAUCUCCUGUAGUGUCACUGCAGUGUACUCUGUCCACAGCAGCACCCACAGUAACCACCACAUCUUUACCUGAGAAAUCCACAGCAACAGUAACACAGAACUCGGAGGUCUCUUCACCUUGCAAGAACCGUCGAGGCCAGGGAGACUCAACUCAGCCACCUAUACCAACUCAGGCCACCAGCUCUCCUUCACGGCAGCGAAGGCAACCUUCAGAAGCUGGUGAAGCACAGCCUCGCCCUCAGAUCUCUUCCCCAACUCGUAGCCGGAGACAUCAAACUGAAUCCAGUGCUGAGGCAGCUGCAGAAGCUCAGCAGGCUAUUCCAACAUCAGCAGAGUCAGAGACUAAUCAAACUUCAGGUGGUCUCCAGACAUCAGUUGCUGAAAAUGCUGAGUCCAACUCACGGCGAAGAGGAGCCUCCAGUAUUCAUUUGGACACCAGUGUGGAAUCACUGCCAUCAGUCACUUCACUGCACUCUCCCACCUCUGAAUCCUUCCAUAGUGCAGAAGAUGAUCCAUCCUCCCCAAGGAAAGAAAAAAGGCACCGAGAUGGAAGCAAAAAAAAGAAAAAAGACAAGGACAAAGAACUAGAUGGAGUUAAGAAAAGAAAGAAGCAUCAUCAUCGGGAUAAACAUGGCAUGGGAGAAAUGGCAUCUGAAAUCCUCACACCUUUCAGAAUAAAGAUCAAACCACUACCACCACGACCUAUGGAUGAGGUGGCCCAAGGAGCAAGUGCAGCACCUCCAGCCCCAACCACAAGCCAGGCCUCACUGGGUUCAGUCUCCUCAGCCAACACUACCACCACUACUGCUACCAUUACCACCUCUACCUCCUCCAAUACUGUCUCAUCCACUACUAGUACCUCAAGUUCCACUGCUGCUGCCACUUCCAGCACUACUUCAACCUCAAGUUCAGUGGUUACCCAUUCUAAUUACCAAACCAGGACACCUCCUGCUGGUUAUCCACCUCUCCCUCCAGGUUACACCCUGACUCAGCCAAUGGCUCCACCAUCCUCUACUUCCUCCUCCAAUACCAGCAGUAGCACUGCCACUGGCACUCACUACUCAACCUCCACCUCAAGUCAGGCCUCUACGAGUCAUGCCAACACAUUCAGCACAAGUGGAGGCUCCAGUAAUCGCAGGAGAUCAGAUCCCAGUGAUCCUCAACAAUUUAGCAAAUGUGAUGUGUGUGGUGAGACUGGGGGAGUCACCAAUACAGUCUCGUGUGAUGAAUGCAACAAAGCCUAUCACUUUAAUUGCUUGGAACCUCCUCUCAAGAAAUCCCCCAAGCGUCGUGGAUACUCAUGGUUCUGUGAAGACUGCGAUAGUGCGGUAAGCACCAUAAACCUGGCACACAUCCAGUGGAAUAUAAAUGCUCCUUAGUAUCUUCGAAUGCAUUAAGUAACCUGUUGCCAUAAUUUUUCACAAAGCAUGAAUUUAAGAUCAUGCUAGCUUACAAAUCCUGAUAUUUUUGUUUGUAUGGCAUUAAAACAAUUCCUUUAAAUUAUCUAUGAAUUAUUUUUUUCUGUUUUGUAAUUAUUUUGCUUAUAUAUUCUGUUAACUAGUUUUACAUUAUAUAAAUACCAGUUGUGUAUAUAACAUCAGUACAAUGUAAAGAACUUUGCAAGUUCCCUCAAGAAUAGAGAGAUGAUCAUGAUAUAACUGAGAUUGUCACAGUCCUAUUGAUGGAUGACUGAAUGCAAGUGUGUCAGUAACUAGUGUAUACUUAACUCCUACCAGGACUCAUUCAUACUUAAACAUCAUAAUAUAAAGCUAUAAUGAAAUAAAAAUUCAGGGUUAUGAACCUUGACAAAACUGCAAUAAAUUGUUUAUGAUAAUCCAUUGACAAAUGCCUUUAAGUCAUGCAAAUCUAAAAUGGCAGUGUGCAGAAAGAAAUUUGUUUCCCUAGAGCACAGGAGUAAUAUUACAUGAAGGAUGGGCAAAACUGUGCAGACACCAUGCAGUUGAUUCAUGUACUCCUCCAUUUUAGGAGGAAGAAAUUUUCAGAGAACAAACAUGAAGUAGUUUGGGGAGGGCAAACUUGAUCACAAAAGAAUGACUUGCUUACAUGUCUUACUCUGGAAUUUUACAUUUUCAUGAAAUGGUAUUGCACUUAUAUUAAUACUGUUAGUGAUUGUGGCUGGUCUUCCAAAAGUGAGAGUUGGUAUAUUCUAUCAUAUGAGCCAUCUUCUGUAUUCUUUAUCUAUGUUGUAAUUUCUACCAAAGGGUGGUGCUGGGCUGAGGAUUCCCUCACCCUUGUCCACUUUUCCCAUUCUUGGGAAUGGUAAUGGGAUUUACAGGUGCAUUGUCAACUGCAUUUGUACAAGAAAAUUGUUUGGCUACAUAUUGUCUAUUUAGCUUUUCUUAGUUUGAUGCAAGAAUGGGAAUAUUAUGUUUUUUUUUUUUUUUUUUUUUUUUUUUUUUUAUGUAGGAAGGAUACUGGCCAAGGGCAACAAAAAUCUAAUAAAAAAAAAAAUGCCCACUGAAAUGCCAGUCCCUUAAAAGGAUCAAAGCAGUGGUCAAAAAUUGGUGGAUAAGUGUCUUGAAACCUCCCUCUUGAAGGAAUUCAAGUCAUAGGAAGGUGGAAAUACAGAAGCAGGCAAGGAGUUCCAGAGUUUACCAGAGAAAGGGAUGAAUGAUUGAGAAUACUGGUUAACUCUUGCGUUAGAGAGGUGGACAGAAUAGGAGUGAGAGAAAGAAGAAAGUCUUGUGCAGCGCGGCCGCGGGUGGAGGGGAGGCAUGCAGUUAGCAACAGGAGUAAAUCAGAUCUGCUGUUGGGGCAUGAUGCAGAGAUAUUCUGGUAUGUUUCAUGACUGACACAUGUAUGGUAUGGUCCAUGAGAAGUGAUCCUCUCUACUGAAAGACAUAGAGGCUUAGAUGUGAAGAAAUGAUUGUGGAUGUGGUAAGUGUGUAGUGCCUUGUCAUAGCCAUUCUUGUGGGGGAUGUCAACCUGUUAUAGAAACAAAGUUCAUUAAUAUCAAGCAUUAGCUCUUCCAAUAAAAUUUCUAAGUAAUGCUAAAUAUAAUAUGGUAGCAUUUCAGAUAAAAAAUUUGCUACCAAGUAGACUUUGGUGCUAUUUUACAGCACUCAUACUAUUAUUUCAACAAGUGCUGUUAGUGUGUCAAGAAAUUUCACACAACUUAAAUUAAUAUCUUUAGUGCUGGCACAAUUAUGAGGAGGGAUGUACUAUUAUGCUCACUUCUUAGUACAUAUGUCACAUAUAUGAUCAUCAUUAUUGAAAUAAAAUGCCCACAACAAAAAAUUGUUCACUUGGUACUGGAAAUACUCAGCAUAGAUAUAGUCAGUAGUUCAAUAUGGAGGAAGUGGAGUCACUGGAACUUAUAAAUAGUCUAACCCAAAUUAAUAGAGUAAAGGUGUAUAUAAUGUAAAUAUUUUCUUUCUUUUAAUUUGAUUUGUAUAUUGUGCUUUCAUGCAUGCCAUCUAUACAAAUUCAUUUCUUUAACUUGCUUUUAUUGUGAAUGUAAUUGGGUAAUUGUAAGGUUGCUUGGUGCUCUGUUUAUUUAUUUUUUUUUAUUAUUUUUAUUUAUUUAUUUUUUUUACCAUUUUGUAACAUUCUUAGUAAUUUAUAAGAAGACUUCCCUUACCUUACCCUUCAUCCAUUUUGUUGCUCACCACUUCCUUCAAUUUCACAGCAUUUAAGAUUAUGUUCAAUCAUUAUUUCUGUGUAGUAAAGUAUUUGGACUUUAUAAUUGAGCACAUGCACUUUUCCUAAAAACUUUUCCUAAAAACACACAAAUGGAUAAUGUAUUUAUUUCAUAUUUCAUUUCCUAAAAACAUACAAAUGGAUGUAUUUAUUUCUUAUUUCAAUUUUUCACCAAUUUGUAUAGACAGUUUCAUUAAAAGAAUUUGCUCACGUCAGCCAUUCAUUGCAAUUUGAUUAUUUGUAUAAGUGGUUUGUACUUAUUCCAGAGGAAGUCUAAUUAUAUCACAUAUCACUUAGUCAUUAUAACACACACAUGUAAAACCCUAUAUUUUAAAGGGAGACAUAAUAGUAUACUGUGUACUGUAAAAGAUGACUCAAAUGGACAGAGCAAGAGGUGGGA